UAUUCCAAGUGAUGGGAUCUAGUCACUCGUACAGUAUCUUGUGGUAGAGUCGAAUAAACAAUCUUCUAAUUUCAUUUGACUUUGUCAGAACUGAAUAUAUUUAAUAAAAAUCCUAAAAACUUUUUUUAAUAUCUUUAGUCACAAAAAGAAACAUCAUUCGAAGAAAGUUCAUAAGUCUACUUGAACUUCCAUAAACAAGCCCGGGAUAAAUUAAAUUGAAGUAUAAGAAGGCGCAUUGAUUAUCUUCGUUCUUAGUCAUGCCUGUGAAUGCAGUGUCUGCAGCUGCAGCUUCUACUGUAGCCCCCAUCGUCCGACGCUCCACUCCUGCUGUGCAAGAACUGUUCCGUCACGGCACUCUGUACCAACCGUCGCCACCGUCAGUAGUGGCUGAGCACCUCAGGAGUCAUCCUUCGGCCCCUAAGAGCGCCGCGGCAUCGCGGUUCAGCGGUUACUACAAACCGGACGGGGUCUCGGUACCGGCGUCCGGUAUAGUCACCAACCCGUCCGGCCGGCAGCCCCUCACAGACAUGCACUCAACUGAUAACAUGGAAGAGGAGAUCGCUCGUCGCAACCGCCGGCUCACCAUCUUGUUCACGUGGUUAGGGGCUAAAGAAAAAUACGCUAAUAAAUACAUAGACUUGUGGACGCGCCGGGGCAACGCUGUACUGCACGUCACUUGCUCUAUCAAGGAUAUGCUCAUGCCCAAGACUGGUGCUGAGGUGACAGCAGCUCGCGUCAAGGAGCACAUUUGUUCGCUGGGUGAGAGGAGCAGGGUUGUGGUGCACGGUCUCAGUGUGGGGGGAUACAUCACCCAACACGUCCUCAAAGACAACGAUGUCGGCGUCACCAGCAAACUCUCGCAUCAAAUCUACGACUCCUUUACAAACGUAGAGGGUUUACCUCAGGGUGUGGAGAACGCUGUACCUCCGCGCUUCAGCCAAAUUGCCAAGAAGAUAGGGCAACUCUACCAGCGCUACGCCGAUAUGAGCAGCUUCAACGAGUCGAGGAACUUCAUUCUACAGGGCGAGGCGAACACUCCAGUCUUCUUCAUGCACAGUUUGGCGGACCGAGUGGCUCAGUACGAAGUGACGCAGCCGUUGAUCGCGGCGCUGCAGGCCAAGACGUCCGUGGACGUGUUCCUUGUGCCGGCAGAGGAACAGAUUCCCCACGUGGCCCUCCUGAGGUGCAUGGGGCCGCCUGCCUACAUGGAGCUUAUCGAAACUUUUCUGCACCACCACCCGGACCCUGUCUACUGAAGAUUUUGUCUGAUCUAAGAGUCUAAGUCGUAUUCGUUUUGUCUGUUAAUUAUUGUUCAAAGUAUAAGAAAUUAUUUAGUGUAAUAUUAUUUUAGAUGAUGUGUCUACAGUCUACAUUGUAGCCAGCACCCUUUGUCACCCAUCGGUCGUAGAGGUAGAGAAUUGGAGUCGCAGAGAUGUUGCUAGAGUGCGCGCAGCGAGAGAUCUUGGCUUUUGUGUUAGGGUUUCUGAGCUAAAUUACAAUUUAGUUGCGGGACUGUCAAAAACUACUUUAGUCAUGAACUCUCGCUUAAAUUAAAAUUUAAUUGCGGGACAGUCGAAAAGUACUUUAGUCAUGAAUUCUCGCUUGAAUUGAAAUUUAAUUGCGGGACAGUCGAAAACUACUUUAGUGAUGAAUUCUCGCUUGAAUUAAAAUUCAAUUGCCGCCGGACAGUAUAAAAAUACUUUAGUGAUGAAUUCUCGCUUGAAAACAAAACGACCUUAAGUCGAAUGAGAAAGUCGUCAAGACAUGAUUAAAUUUGCAUAUUUUGACUGACGACUGAUAUUAUUUUACGUAUAAUUCAUAUGAGAAUCGUGUUAUGUUGAUUAUCGUAAUACGUUUCAAGUAGAUCCGAACGAGACUGUAUGAAGGUAAAAGGUUUGUUAAAGACUUGUCGUCAUCGAGUGGCGGAUGGCUUUAUUUGGGUGACCGGAUGACGAUACAAGAUCAAGUUUUUCAUGAUCUUGACGAGUGAUCUAGUUUCUUGAGGGUCUAUACUCUAUGAUGUAACUCCAAUUAUGGACGAAGUUACUGCACGACUCCUGGUUACAACUUGAGUCUAUGCAGACGAUUGGAUAAAAUUAUAAUUUUUAAUUCUUGUUAAUUUCUUUGGUGCGUUUAUAAAAUGUAUUAUUUGCAAUGAAAUUACUGUGAAGUCUGCAAGUGGAAUUAUUUGCUAGAGAUUGUUUAUGUGUCACAGGUACUCGGAUAUUCAUGGCAUUUAUGGAGUGCGGUCUAAAUUCCAGCGUUUCUUUAUACUUCUUCCGUAUGACCAUUGCCACCAUUGUUCCUUCAGUUGUUUUCAACGGCUCAUAUUAACAAUGGACGUUGUGUUUGCAUAAAUGAAUGGCAGAGUAGACAUGUAUGCGCGCAUCAGGCCAAAUCUUCUGGCGCUUUGUGGACCAGCGAGUGAUACCGUGCGUGACUGUCGACAUAGCUGGCUGAUCUCACAAUAAUACUAUUUUCUUGGAAAUAUUAAAGCUACUGCGAAAUCUUAUUUCCUGUGACUUGACUCACCAACUGAUGUUCGAGCAUUGCUAACAUUUUCCAAUUCCCAACGUAUAUUACUUCAAAAUUGCUUCAAAUACUAUAGGUUUACGUAUUUUUCGCGAUUUUAGUUUACCGUUAUAUAUGGCCUACAUUCAACUGCCUUGAAUUUCAAAUUGCGCACAACGGAUCAUUCUACGUCGGCAAUAUGUACAUUACUCGUGAAAUUCGUGCGGGAUAAUCACAGCGUGAUGAAUCAGUAACUUAACGUUUCUAACGCCUCGAUUAUUCCUACUGCUUUGUUUUAAAGCGUACGACGUGAAGUGAUAGGAAGUGUAUCAAUUUAGAUUAGACUAAACAUGAAGGGCUGUUUUCUCAGAUCAUAAAAUACGUGUCUUAUUUUCCAUUAUAUAGACAAAUAAAUGUAGUUGAUCAGAAGUUUUUUUCCGUUAUCCGCUGUGCUAAGAUAUAUACACAACUAAGAAUAUUAAAAGCCUUGUAAUGAAUAAUAACCCCUGUAAAAAAUCUGAACUGCUUCAAGAAACUAGUUUAUAAAUUCCCAUGUAAUGAAGAAGGUUGUAGACUUUUUCAAAAUAUGAACUACAUUGUUCUUACAAGCACGACCUUAAGCCGCCGACUCGCAUGCAAUUUACAAUCU